AUUCUCAUUUUUCAUUUUGCAUUAACUUCUGAAUUCUUUGUGUAGAUUUUGCUUCAUUCUAGAGUUGCAGUGCAAAAUCACUUUUCGUUUCUUGCGGAGCCAAUAGUGGAAUAGUGUAUAAUUUUUGUGCUAAUUUGUAAAAAAACAACAAAAAUAAAAACAAAAACCUUGCAAAGUUGCGAAAACUUUGUCCAAUCUUCGAGAGAUACCGGUGUAAACUGCAAAUGUUCUGAAGUAUCUUCGAUUUACGCCAAAAAUAUGCAAACGAAAAACGGUUGUGAAAAGAUUUACCAAAAACCAAAACCAGAAAAGGCCUAACGAAAAAAGCAGUGUAGUGCAUUGAGGAGCAGCAGUGUAUAGUGAAAUAUUUUUGGCAGAAAAAUUGCAUGAAAUGCACAAAUGAGUAGAAAUGUUUAAAAUGUAAUAAAUAUUGCGGCAAAUUGUGAAAUUGAUUGGUUAAUUGGAAUAGAAUUUCCAUUGAUCAAUGAGCCUGAAAUUGAUGGUUUAUUUUGGGCAAAAAACAGUUGUGUUUAGUUAAAACGCAGUGAAAUAGCAUAAGUGCAGCGAUAGACAAUCGUAAAAGAACGACGCUGGCAGCGCAGUAGCGUCGCGUGGGAAAAGGAGAGAAGACGGAACUGUGGCAGCGCGUUAGAAGCAGCUGAUUUUCGUUGUUGUUCCGGUGGUGGUGGUGGUGGUGGUGACUGCUGCGCCAACUGCGACAGAGUUACAAUUUACAACAACAAAGAUAGUGAGAGUGCACGCUAAAAAGUUAAAUUGCAUCUAGUCAAAGUCAAAGACGAGGGAAAAGUAUAAAUGUGAAACAAAAACGUGCAGGAAUAAAUCGACGCUGGGGAAGCGAGUGAAUGCAAGAAAACUAAUUACAUAUAUACAUAUAUAUAUAUGUGCAUAUAUAUAUAUGUAUGUGUAAAUAUAUGUAUCUUUAAAGUUACCGCCAAGCAUUAAAUAAUGACUUUACAAGCGUUUUCCUCUUCGCACGCCAAUUUGUCACCUACGCUUUGCGUGCCUUCUUCGCUGCAAACUUCACGUCUUAUGCCAGAAAAGAGGAUUACGACAAUGCUAUCAUUUGCACCAAUGCCUUGUGCUUCACGCCUGCAACGUCAGCGUUCGCGUGCUGCUGAAGUGUAAGACAUUAGAGGAGCGGAGAAGUGCUGGCGUGUGGUUUGUGUGUUUCGGAACCACUGCAUAGCUCAGCUGAAAUCGCUGUGAAUUCUUCCAUUUCAUGUACUUAAGCGUAUUUAUUGCACAAUAUUAUUGUGCUGUUUGUGAAUUAGUAUUAGUAGUGUUUUAAAUGCUUUAAACUCAACACAAAAUUAUUUAGUGCAAAUAAUCGACAAGCAGGAAAGCAAUAAUUGCUUACAAGCGGCCAUAAUAUUGAAUUUAAAUAAAUGAACUGUGAUUAUGAGUUCCACAAAAUCGCAAGUAGCUGUCGCUACAAAUAUUCCAAGUCUAUCAUCAUCAUCACAAACUCAAAAGGAGUACAGUACUGAAGAGUCUCUGGGUCGACAAAAUAGUUUUGGCAAUAAUCGCAGAGGUAACAUGAAGGGCAAGCAUUUGACGCGUAGUCACGCCAUGCGUGAGGCCACAUCGCCGCCGCGCACUCCCACACCGCGUGCCGAGCACGGACAGGUGUCACCGAAUGGUCAAUCGUCUAACAAUUACCAGCAACAGCAGCAGCAUCAUCAUCAGACGCAGCAGCCGCAGCAUAUGGAUGGCAAUGAGAAUGCACACAACAAUAAUAGCAAUAGCAGCAAUAAUAAUAAUAACAAUAACAACAACAGUAACAGCAACAAAUUGCAUGCACAAUCAAAUGCAGCGCGUGGCAAUUCACCGAUAAUCGAAGCGCCUGCCGUCAUAGUGACCAGCCAACAUAGUCAGCAACAACAACAGCAGCUCCAUCAGCAACAGCAACAACAACCGAAUGUUGCGCUCUGCAAUGAGGCUGAGUUCCCCAAACUGACACCGCCGAAAUCGACAAAAGGCGGUGGAGGUGGUGGUGGAAGCGCUGGUGGUGGUGGCGGCGGUCAGAGAAACAGCAAUAAUAACAACAACAAUAGCAAUAACAGCAACGGUGUAACCGAUGGCAACAACAAAAUUGAAUAUAACAACAAUAAUGGCAGAAAGAUGGCCAACAACAACAACACAAAUGGUGGCGCAGGCGGUGCGACUCCUUAUGAUUCCACCAAGAAUGCGACCACAAACAAUAAUAACAACGCCAACAAUAAACAUCAGCAAUAUAAUGCAAGCAAUGCAUUGCAUCAGGCGUUGAGCGUAGGCGAGAGUGCGGGGCGUGGCGGUGGCAGUGGUGGUAGCGGCGGUGCUGGCACAUCGCUGCACAAUUCCGGCAUGAACUAUCAGCUGAACGCCAACGACAGCACACAGCAGUCACAUCAUCAGAUCGCCUACGACAAGGAGAAUCGCUGUCCACGCAAUGACAGUCAAAAUAGCAGCAUGUCCAAUAUGCAUGAUGAUGAUACACAACAACAGCAGCAACAUUAUGAACGUCAAGGCGGUGGCAGUGGAGGAGGCGGUGGUGGCGGUAAGAAGCACCGCACCAAUUCCAAUUCGAAGGGCAAUAAGCCGCGCUUGAAGAAUAUCGGUGGCUCCUCAUCGGGCAGCGUCGAUGGUGGCAACUCGAUUAGCAACAACACGUCGGGAUUCAUAUCAAGAGUUUUCAACAACUCAGAGAACUCGAGCGAGCAGUUCACCGAUCAUGGUGGCACCGAUUUGUUCAGUUUCUUUAAAGAAACGCUCAAUAAGCAUCCAAAGGAUCGGCAUUUUCUGCUCAAAGUGGAAAAGGACCUAACCGAAUUCGUGUUGGAAAAGAGUCGCGGUGAAUUACGCUUCCCACCGGCUUCAUCGUACAACCGCAUGUUGAUACAUCGCACAGCGGCCUUCUUCGGCAUGGAGCACAAUGUCGACACCGAAACGCAACAGUGCGUUAUUGUGGCAGCUACCAAAAAUACGCGCAUACCAGAGAUACGCUUCAAGUCGCUGGUGCGCGAUCAUCGCGACGACACACGCAAAUCGAUAUUGAAACGCGACACGCACAGUUUCGAUGAGGCACGUCAGAGCAGCUACUUGUGUCCGGAUCGCGGCAGCAUGCUCGACCGCAAGGCAAAGAGCUUCGAAGAGCGCGAGGAGGACUAUGAGCGUGCGCGUAGUCGCAUUUUCAAUCGCAGUCAAAAUGACAGCGGCGAGGGCAUGGAUGAUGGUUACAUGAAUGUCAGCUGGACGCAAUCGGUGGAGCAACAGCAGCAGCAACAACAACACCAGCAACAGAAUCGUCCACGUCCCAAUGGCAAGAUGAUGAAGAUGCAAAACUCAAACGAUUCACGCGACGGUCGGUCCGGUGGUGGCGCUGUACCCAAAUCACACAACUACAAUAAUUAUGGCGGUGGCUCUUCACAAAGCGGUGGACCGCCUAUGAUGCGCGGUGACUCGGCGAAUUCGGGCAAAAAUGGCGGCGGUGGCACGCGUUCCUUCUCGAAACAAGAUUCAGCGGGCAGCACAAAUACGCCAUGGCGCUUGUCACCAUCCAGCAGCGGUUAUAAAACUCAAACACAAUCGUUGUAUUCCGAUUCGGUAACACCUUCACCAAAUGGUUAUUGUAGUGAGGAUCAAUCAACCGAGCCAUAUAUAUUGACAACGGACGGCAUGACCGUUUGUCAUCUACAAUCACCAGUUCACCAUAUACCGCCGCAUCUGCAUCUGCAACCGACGUUAUUGUGCGGUGCUGGCAUUAUGCCGACACAUUGCGCAGACGCCACAUUGACGCCAACGCCGACACCAUCAAUGGACGAUGGCGCGCCACCCCUGCCCAGUCGCGGUCUGGUGUGGGCCGUCACCGACAUUUCGAGUGUGCCUAAGGGCAGCGUGCUAAUCAAUCCGCAAACAUUGCAACCAUUUGUUAACCAAGACGGUUCAAUUUAUCACUUUGACCCGUCCAAUCUGCCACCCAACCAACAGGCCACAUACCAUCCAAAUCAGGGCAAUAACAAUGCCAAUUAUGCACCGCAACAUUCGCCACAGCAACAACAGUUGCCGCAACAAGUGCAGGAUAACAGCACAAAGAAGAAUAAGAGCACACAACAAAUGUCCACGCCAUCACCAGCGGAAUCGCCAGCAGCUACGCCAACGCCACAAAUCCAUUGCAAGAGCGUUGUCUGCAAUGAGAGUGCUGCCACUAUACCGCUCACCGAGUCGGUGGCUGAGUCCUCCACACAGACGGUGGCCAUGUGUGGCGAUGUUAACUGCGAUGGCAUUGGUCUGGAAAUGACGAUCAACGGCACCGAAGAGGCAUCCACGCAAUCGGGUGCUGAUGAGUGCGAUAAUACAUCGGCCACGGGUUGUUUGAGCAUCACUACCACAACAUCCACCAAAAGUUAUGAUCGCAUCGAGGUGCAAAAGUUUAAAAACCAAGCCACCAGUCCGAAUAUACCAGCGGAAAAGGAUGAGCUGCCGAAGCGUGAGAAUGCAACAAUAGUGGACGCCUCAAGUGUGCGUGAACAGCAACCGGCUGUUGUAACACAGCCACCAGCACCGCCACCACCCAGUCAGACGCCAACCAAUAGCGUCAAUGUGCCAUUACAACGCGAGACGCCACAUUCUGCGCGCUCAACACCCUUCAGCACCAGUGAGUCGACACAUGCGAAAAAUCGCGCUUCCGAAGAACCUAAGCCCACAACAUGGACAUAUACGCAAAGCUACCAGGCACCAGAUGGUUCUACAGUCUUUCACACCACCACGACACCCAGUGGUACGCCGUAUUGCACCACGACAUAUCAGCAAGGGCCUGAUGGUAGCGUUUAUGCCAUUCCACAGGGCAUGGUCUAUGCCUAUCCACCGCCAGUUGUAAGCCACGCCCCACAGAAACAGUUGAAAUGUCAAUUCAAUUCGUUGUCUGUUUUACAGGAGGGCGAAGUACAGAGCUAUUUCAUGCCUGUAUUCGAUCCGAAUCAACCGCGCACCGAUGCCACCGGUCUCAUACCAGCUGGAGCACAGGCCAUAUAUCCGGCUGCAGCCCCAGCAGGCAAUACAGCUACAAUGGUACCCGUUGCAGCCGCCUAUCCGACCGCACAAUUCGCCACGGCCAAUGGUACGCCAAUCUAUCCGGGUCAGUUGAUAUAUUCGAGUGAUCAAUUUGUAACGGGUGCAGCUACGGUCGCUGCAGCAGCACCGGCGAAUGGUCAACUGCAACAGAUACCGAUGACCACCUAUCCAAUCGGACAUCCAUACGCCUAUAAUAGCUACUGGGGUCAACCGAUGACAUACUAUGUGCCACAACAAGCGCUUACGAACGCUGUCGCCGCAACGUCCCUCCUACCAGCACCGCCACAGCCACAACCACCCACAACAGCAACCGCCCAGCCCGUGGCCGGUCCACACAUCACUAGCGGUAUCAGCAUCGCGAAUGGCCUUGUAGCAGCUACGGCGGCGGCUGGACCGCCGUCGAACACCACCGUUGGGGCUUUAGGUAAUGGCGGCAGUAAUGUCGGUGGUGGUGGUCAUCACGUUGUGAAUACAUCGGCGUCCACGAACAGUUAUCAGACACAUAGUGGUACAACGUAUUUCGGUACGGGGCGUGUCAAGCGACCGACAUCUUCGCAUUACGCCAAUCACCAGAGCAGCGGUCAUCAACUAGUAACGGCAGCUAUCCCAAAUAACGGCAGUGCAACUACCACAUAUCAAUUGGGACACGCAGUGCCCACACUCACACUGGCGCCGGCACCAGGUAGUGCCGCAGCCGCGGCGGCAGCUGCAGCAGUGAAUACAACAACCGAUCUCAAUGUUGGCAAUGGAGCGCCACCAGCCACAGCCAUGUAUACGCUGCCUCAACAUGCGACCCUACUGCAUGCGAAUAUCUUUCCAUAUGCGCCCGCUGCCGCAAAUGUUGCCGCCGGCACACCACCAGUACACGCACCAGGCGCCCCACCAACGGCUGCACCACAAAUAGCCGCGGCCGGCAUGGCUGGCGCUGCAGCGCAUGCACAACCAACAAAUGCUGUGAUCACCCCAUUCUAUGCUCAUCACCCGCCCAUUACAGCUGCCGCACAUCCCACACACGGCAGCUCCGCCGUACACACGCCUGGACCAGCUGCCAUACCGAUUGUCGAUCCCAGCACACUGACGGCCAUCUCGCAUCCCACACCAACCGGUGCGAACAGUUCAAAUAACGUGACGCCCGCCUACAGCGGCGGUGGUAGCGCUUCACAAUCAGCGCCCAGCACGCCACACUCUGUACCUACUCAAACAGCACAGCGCAAUCCACCACUCUUCUCCACACCGCCCAUUAUGAACUCAAAUGGCGGAAACAACAAUGGUGGCUACAGUGGCAGUUCCACACCGCAAUACUACCCGGUCAGCGGUGGUGGAGAUGGCGGCGCAACGCUCAUGAGCAGUCCACAUGGCAAUUCGUACGUGCCACACGAAAAGCGCAACAGCAACUCAAACAUGAGUGGCAGCAAAAAACCGCCAGCGUAUCCAAGCAAUUCAUUGAGUCGUCAGAACUCCACAUCCUAUAAUGGCACAGCAAAUGGCAAACCGCCUUUGUUGGGCGGCAAUAACGAUACGCGUGCCUCACCGAAUAGCGGCGGUUACCAAGGCUCACGUCCGCAUGGCAUGAAUAAACGCGGCGGUGGCGGUGAUAAGCCACAAACACCACUGCUCAGCGGGCCACCCAGUUACGGUGGCGGACCGGGUAUGUCUGGCGUAAAUAGCAACAACAACAGCGGAUAUCACGUACACCACAGCCACUCGCCAUCCGAUGCCAAGCCACCAAUUCGCUUGAAUGCCGGAGCCGCCACCUUCCGUCAGAAGGGUAGCGGUGUCGCCUAUGAAUACAGGCGCAGCGGCUCACAACGCAACUCGCCAGGCACUGGCAACUCCAGCAGCAACGACAAUAGCAACAACACAUCGCCGAAUAGCAUAGUCGGUUCUAGCGGCGGCGGCGGUGGUGGUGGUGCCAAUACGCCCAAUUGCUAUGCCGCCACAGCAACGGGCGGCUACAUAAACACUGGCAUCGGCUUAGCCAGUGGCGGUAUGGUCGGCGGUGGUGAUCAUCAGGCAGUUGCGACCGCAACUGGCACGCCAUUGUACAUUACAUCGGCGCGUGGCGCACACAUUCCACCACAACUGCAACAUGGCGGUAUGGUGGCGGCCGCCGCUGCUGCUGGCGGCACGGCAGCCGGUCUUGCGGGCACACAGCAAGCCACUACAGCGGCGGUCUUAGGUGGCGCGGCUGCGGCGGAGGUGGCGAAUGCAGCAGCUGCUGCCGUAGCGGCGAGCGUCGCGCAUCACCAACCGCUGCUGAGCGCUUAUCAACCAGGUGCAUCGGGUGUCUACAUCAAAUACGGCCAGACGUAUUAUGCGCAUCCCUCAGUUGCUCUACCGAACAGUCGCCGAUCGCCCUCAACCGAGUUGCGGCCUGCAAUGGCGCCCGUAGCUGGCAUGUAUCCAACCAUGAUGAUACCAGCUGCUCCACGACAUACGCAAGGACGUCAUCCGAAUCCCAACUACAAAGGCAAUCGGCCACGCUAAACACUGUCAGCAACAACAACAACAAAAACAGUAAAUCAGUGCAGUGUUCGAAGCCACCAUGCCGCAAGCUACUGAACUGGAGGGAUAUAUGAAAACGAUGACGCUAUACCAAAACCUAAAACUAAGUUUAAGUUAAAAACAAAAAAAAAAAAAAAUUCCCUAACCUAGUGAAACAUAUGCGUAGAUAAACAAUAAUUUAAACAUAAAUGAGCAUAUUAGUGAAAAACAAAAACAAAGACAUAAGACAAAGUAAUAUACAUACAGUAGCAGCAGAUAGAGGAGAAGAAGAAGAAAAGCAAAAGCAAACAAGAAAAAUUCGACAAACAGCAAAAGGCAAUUCGUGACAAAAAACAACAACAAAAAUUAAUUGUUUAGCUGCAAUAAAACAGAGAAGCGAAAUUUUGAAAAAUAUUUUCCGGGCCAUUUUACAAAAACAAAGCAAAAAAGAAAAAUUACGAAAACAAUCAUACACAAUUUUGACAAAUUGAUAUACACAAAGAGGAAAUCACGAAAGAGAAAACAACAAAAGACAAACUUCAAAAGCCAAUAGCCAAUACAAAAGCAAAUGCAUCAUACAAACUAAGAAUCUUCCACAAGCAUAACGGUAAAGAAUUCGAAAUGGAGUACAUCGUAUACUGAAAUAUGUCGUGCCAUUGCUGAAAGAUGCAAAAAAUAUAAAUAAACCAUAAAUACAUACAAACAUACAAACACGCAAAAACGAAUACAAGGUAGCAAAAACACGAAUCCAUAGCUAAAAAUAAAAGUAAUAAGAAAAACAUAAAAUGACACACAUAGAAAGAGACUGACUUGAGUUGCAAGUUGGCAGCGCAAAUGGUAAAGUGUGCGCGUGUGUAAGGGAGAAUUUAAGCGUUCAACUUUAUAUUUGUUUUUGUGAUUUUUAAGAGUUAGCAAUUUAGAUUUUUUUUAAUUUUCAAUUUUUUUUUUUUCAAUUUUCCAAUUUAUUUUUAAUUUUCAAAUUUUGUUUUUUAGUUUGCUUGCUUAAUUUCUGUUUAAAAAUUUUUAUUAAAACAAAAAUCAAUAUUAAUUAUUUUUUUGUAAAAAAAUUCAUUAAAUUUCGAAUUAAAAUUUAAUUUUUUAUUUAAAAAUAAAUUAUAGUAAGUAAAAUAAAAUAAUAUUAUUUUUCUAUUUUUUUGUAAAAAAAAAAUUCACUAAAUUCCGAAGUAAAAUUUAAAUUUUUUUUUUCAAAAAUAAAUUAUACUAAUAAUUUUUAUGUUUUUGUAAAAAUUGUUUAAUUUAAAAGUAAAACUUAUAUUUUUCAAAACAUAUUUAUUUAAAAUAUUAACAAAAAUCUCUCAUGUAACGCUUAAAUUUAAAAUUUUUGAACUCCUACUAAGCGCAGAUUCAUAUGCACGACAGCAACCGAGUGGUGCAACCACUGAAAACGAUGCCAAUUCAACUGCAGCAGUCAGUCAAACAGUCAGUGUCUUUUUAAACAAUAUAUAUUCAUUUAUAUAUAUACAUACAUAUAUAUAUAUAUAUAAUAUAAUUACACGAUAAAGUAAUAAUAAUUUUAUAGUAUGUAAACAAUUUUACUAUACAUUAUAAUAAUAAUAAUAAUCCUAAAGGUAGACUUACAUAAAAGAAGAAGAAGAGAAGAAGCAGCAGUGUAAACAACUAGUGAAUAAUGAAAGACGAAAACGUGUACUAAAUUAAAUUUAAAAAACGAAGAGCAAAAAAUUACAAUAUAAUACAAAAUUCAUAGCACAUAUGUAUCUAUAUCGGCUGACUACAACUACUACGACACAAACAACACAAACAAUAUGCAUAAUUUUCUACAACAAACACACAGACAAAUCGCAAACGAAAUUCAUUAAUUAAAUUUAAAAAAAAUAUUGAAUUAAAUUUGAAAAAAGAAAAACACGAAAAACAAGCAGCGCACGACAGGCUGCAGCAAUAG